GGCUGCACGCGACGAGCGGCGCCUUGAAAACAAGCUGAGCCGCUGUCAUUUCUCCUCCUUGUGUCAAUAAACGUGUGACGUUUUAAAUAAGAUGAGCUUAGCAGAUGUAUACUUAGCAUACUGUAGAAAGUACACUCUGUGAAAGGGGUAAACGCCGGUUAGGGCUUACUAAGACGUACGUUACCGUACCGAGUAACGAGCUUUGCAUAGUAUUAUUUUGAUGACUUUUGAUUUGUACAUUCUAGAAAGAAAGCGAGAAGAAUGAUGAAAUGAAAUUUGAGUUUGUGUUCAAUCAGUGAGCCGAAUAUCACACAACACCUGUUGCUGCCUCAGAGGGAGCUCACUGAUUGUUUAUGCUUUUCCCAGAGUUAUUCUUCUAGGUCUGUUUGAGAUUUAUUGUACUCUUCUUCCAGACCCGAUGCAAGCCGCACGCUAUCAAACUAUCAAAGCGCUCGCGCUGAGAGGCGGAGGUGACGUCGUUUGUUGCCGCAAAAGGACGGUACGGUUUGACGUUGCCGCGCUGGGCGGAGUUUGCGUGCGGUCCCGUCUCUCAUUCAUAUUGCACCGCAGGGCCGAGGGUGCGGGAAGGGCAACCCGUCGGUCGGGAGAGCGAGCAGUAGACGCAGCGCAGACAAGGAGGGAGCUGCAUCGCCCCGGUGGAGAGCACGGACAGACAGAGCGCAUCGAGGGAACCUGUGUCACCGCCAUGGCAGAAGCUCAUCAAGCUGUGGCCUUCCAGUUCACGGUCAGCCCUGAUGGCAUCGACCUGCAGCUCAGCCAUGAGGCUUUGCGGCAGAUCUACCUCUCUGGGAUUCACUCCUGGAAAAAGAGAUACAUCCGUUUCAAGAAUGGGAUCAUGACCGGGGUGUACCCAGGCAGUCCCACAGGACUGGCGGUCGUAACAGUGGGAUACAUGGCCUCAACCAAAUAUGCGCAGCUGGACCCCUCGUUGGGGCUGCUGGCCAAGUUGGGGACCUAUCUCCCAGUCAGUCGAUACGCUUCCGAACACAGCCAGCGCAUACUGGGAGGCGUGCUGGUGAGCACAGGGCUGUGGAUCACCAUCAUCUUCAUCAUGAGGACGACACUCAAGUGCCUGCUGUCCUGGCACGGCUGGAUGUUUGCUGGUUACGGCAAGCUGUCCUUGAAAACCCGCAUCUGGCUGGGAUUUGUGAAGCUGUUCUCAGGACGCAAUCCAAUGCUGUACAGCUUCCAGAAUUCGCUGCCACGGUUACCUUUGCCCUCAGUGAAGGACACCACGAAAAGGUAUCUUGAAACCGUUCGACCGCUUAUGGAUGAUGAGCAGUACAAAAGGAUGGAAGGACUGGCGAAAGACUUCGAAAAGAACCUUGGGCCAAGACUCCAGUGGUACCUGAAGCUGAAAUCUUGGUGGGCUUCAAACUAUGUCAGCGACUGGUGGGAAGAGUACAUUUACCUGCGAGGCCGUGGACCGAUUAUGGUGAACAGCAACUACUAUGCGAUGGACUUCCUCUAUGUCUUCCCCACAAGUCUGCAAGCUGCUCGGGCUGGGAAUUCCAUCCAUGCCCUCAUGUUGUACCGGCGGAAGCUGGACAGAGCACAGAUCAAACCUAUUUACGCACUGGGAAAUACAGUUCCGCUCUGCUCGGCUCAGUGGGAGCGGAUGUUUAAUACCUCCCGCAUCCCCGGCCUGGAGACAGACAUCCUGCAGCACGUCAAUGACAGCAAGCACAUCAUAGUGUACCACAAGGGGCGCUACUUCAAGGUGUCCAUGUACUAUGAUGGGCGGCUGCUCCGGCCCAGAGAGAUCGAGCAGCAGAUGGAGAGGAUCUUGGCAGAUACGUCGGAGCCGCAGCCCGGAGAGGAGAUGCUGGCCGCCCUGACGGCAGGGGACAGAGUUCCGUGGGCCAAGGCGCGCUCAACCUACUUCUCCAAAGGAAAGAACAAGCAGUCGCUGGAUCUGGUGGAGAAGUCUGCCUUCUUCGCCACCCUCGAUGACACGGAGCAGCGGUACGAGGCCGACAACCCCGUCCGCUCUCUGGACCGCUACGCCAAGUCUCUGCUGCACGGAAAGUGUUAUGACAGGUGGUUUGACAAGUCGUUCAACCUGAUCAUCUACAAGAAUGGGACGAUGGGAUUGAACGCCGAGCACUCCUGGGCAGAUGCCCCUGUCAUAGGUCACCUGUGGGAGCACGUCCUCUCGUUGGACCCCAUAAAGCUGGGAUACACUGAGGACGGCCACUGCAAGGGCGACAUCCAUGCCAGCCUCCCGAAACCCCAGAGGCUGCAGUGGGACAUCCCGCUUGCAUGCCAAGAUGUGAUUUCCAGUUCGUUUGUGGUAGCGAAGACCCUGGCUGAUGAUGUGGAUUCGCACAUCAUCCCCUUCAGCAACUUUGGUAAGGGGUUGAUCAAGAAAUGCAAGCUGAGCCCCGACGCCUUCAUCCAGAUUGCUCUGCAGCUUGCUCACUUCAGGGACAAGGGAACGUUCUGCCUUACGUACGAGGCCUCCAUGACCCGCCUCUUCAGGGAAGGCCGCACGGAAACGGUGCGCUCCUGCACCAACGAGAGCUGCGAUUUUGUGCGCUCGAUGAUGAAGGAUGAUACGAGGGAGCAGCGACUGAAGCUUCUGAGAAUCGCGGCAGAGAAGCAUCAGCAGUUGUACCGCCUGGCGAUGACGGGCAAAGGCAUCGAUCGCCACCUCUUCUGUCUGUACGUCGUGUCAAAAUACCUGGGGGUGGAGUCUCCCUUCCUGAAGGAGGUCCUGUCUGAGCCCUGGAGGCUGUCCACCAGCCAGACUCCCCUUCAACAGGUGGAGCUCUUCGACCUGGCCAGACACCCCGAACGAGCUUCCAGUGGCGGCGGAUUCGGCCCGGUGGCCGACGAUGGUUACGGAGUGUCGUACAUCAUUCUGGGCGAGCAGCUCAUCAACUUCCACAUCUCCAGCAAGCUGUCCAGCCCGGAGACUGACUCCCAUCGCUUUGGAAACAAUAUCAGACAGGCCAUGCUUGACAUGUUGGAUCUGUUUCAGCUGGACAAGGCCAACAAGUGAUUUCUCUCCAUAUGAAAGGAACCUUUUAAUUUUUUUUU